AUGGAACGGGAAAACCAAACCAUUCUGCAGCAUUUUUUUCUGAAAGGGCUUUCUGGUUAUCCAAGGCUUGAGCUAUUCUUUUUCGCGCUCAUCUUAGUAAUGUAUGCAGUCAUCUUGCUGGGCAAUGGCACCCUCAUUGUAAUCAGCCUUUUUGACUCUCACCUUCACACCCUGAUGUACUUUUUCUUGGGGUACCUGUCCUUCUUGGACAUCUGCUUCACUUCUACCUCCAUUCCUUUCACCCUGGUAAGCUUCCUCUCAGAAAGAAAGACCAUUUCCUUCCUUGGCUUUUCAGUUCAAAUGUUCCUUGGCUUGGCUAUGGGGACAACAGAGUGUGUGCUCCUGGGCAUGAUGGCCUUUGACCGCUAUGUGGCUGUCUGUAAUCCUCUGAGAUACUCCAUCGUCAUGAACAAGAAUUCCUACAUGACCAUGGCAACUGGGUCCUGGCUUGUAGGUCUUGUCAACUCUGCAAUGCAAACAGCAUUUGUGGUGCAGCUGUCUUUCUGCCGGAAUGUCAUCAAUCAUUUUCUCUGUGAAAUUCUGACUGUCAUGAAGAUGGCUUGUGCCAACAUCUCAGGCAAUGAAUUCAUCAUGCUCAUGGCCACAACUGUGUUCACUCUGAUGCCACUGCUCCUGAUUGUCAUCUUGUACUUAUUAAUCAUUUCCAACAGUCUCAAAAUUCGCUCUUCUGAGGGGAAAAGCAAAGCCUUCUCUACCUGCUCAGCCCGCUUUACUGUGGUGAUAAUAUUCUACAGGACCAUCCUCUUUAUGUACAUGAAACCCAAGUCUAAAGACACAUACUUGGAUGCUACUAACAAAUUUGUAACUGUGUGCUAUGGAGUGAUGACUUCUUUGAUGAAUCCUUUAAUCUACAGCCUCAGAAACAAAGAUGUGAAGGAGUCCCUAAAAAAUCUGAAGAGAAAAUUCUUUGGCAAGUGA